AUCAAUAAUAAAACUAAAUAGGCUAAAAGUCAAUAUGUAUAUUUUUGUAGCUGAACAAUUCAAUUUACAUACCUUUAAAUGAAUAAUACCGAAUUGUUUGAGAUUUUAAGCAAAGGAGUCUUGAAAUGGAACUUUGUUGAGGACAUCACUGACAUUGUAGAACAAAACAAUGACACGAAAAAAGAUAACGGUAAAAAAUCUGUAUUAGAAGAAAUAUUUCCUCCCAAAGUAUGGACUCGCAUUAAUAAUAAAAACAAAGUGAUAACUUUGAGACAGACGAUUUCCAGAGAACCGACAUAUAGAGAUGGUGUGACCAAAAUGAUUAUCACCUUAGACCAUCUAGAACAGUUUCACGGAUUUAAGAAAAAAGGAAUAUGCGAGACAAGGCACUAUAUUUACAAUUUAUUUUUCGAUGAACUCUUGAGACAAGUCAUACUUUUGGAUGAAGAUCUUGGAGCACUUUUGUAUAGGAUUCACAACGAGUUUAAAAAUACGAUUUUUAUUUUAAAAUGUCUACUGGAUAAAGCAGUGGAGUCUAGUAACUUGUACCCAGAUUCCGCGAACGUCAAUCCUGAAUUUGUCAAUGAAGUUGAAGACUUGAAAAAAAUAAAUAAUGAUUUAAAAAUAAAAUGUAGACUUUCAAAUCAGAUAUACUUACAAAGGUUGAAGAAAAAAGAAUCGGGCGAGGAUUAUAAAUUCUUAAUUUCGUUAAAAUAUAAAUACAAAAAUCUGAUGAGCUACAUUAAGAGAUCAACCGAUCAACUCAAAGAACAGAUGAAUAUGAUGACGCCAUCGUCAAAGACUUCUUAUCUGAUCCAAAGUAAAGUCAAUUCCCCCAAGUUGUGAUGGCUAAUUGAGGUUUCUAUUUUCUAACCUUUUAUUGUUGAAUUUAAUUAAAGUGUUACAAAUUUGAA